AUGGCGAUUUGGAAUGCAGCAGCUUUGAUGGGGCUUUUGAGUGUUGGCUUGGGAGCAUACGGAUCUCAUGGAUUGCAAAAACACGUUCAAGACCCUCGCUUGUUGAAGUCUUGGUCUACUGGUUCUACCUACUUGAUGUUUCAUAGCCUGGCUGUUAUGGUGAUUUCUCUCCAUCCAAAAUAUGGCAAGUCGAGAUGGACCGCUCCUUUAAUGGUUGGUGGUAGCACACUGUUCUCCGGAAGCAUCUUUGCUCUUGUGUUGUUACCAAAGACAUCGUCUUUCCGUAAAUACUUGGGUCCAGUAACACCUUUAGGAGGUCUUUUGAUGAUUGCUGGAUGGUCCACCAUGCUCAUCUAA